AAAAAAAAAAAAAAAAAAAAAUGACAACCCCAGCCGACCUCGUCCCACCCCCCGAAGGAACCCUCACAACCCCUCAAAUCGACGGCAUCCGCAUCAUGCGCAAAACCCUCCUCGGCUCGCCCUCGUACGACGAAGUCUGGCAGACGCUCAGCAUGACCUCGGACGCCAUCAACCUCGACGUGCCCUCUUUGUUGCUUUGGCAGGAGGAAGGGCAGAAACGAAGAAAUGCGUUGUUUUAUUUGAUUGAUGAGGGGGAGGAAGCCGUGGCCAUGGAAAUCUGUCAGAUCUUGCUAGAUGCCAAAGACGAGGAGACGCUUCAGGAGCUGGUGGAUGCGACGUGUUUUAUUCAUGGCGAGGCGACGACAUUCAGGGAGUUGGCGGAGAGGAAAGGGUAUGAAAGGAUUUUGAGGAUGUUGGAAAGGGUUGGCUGUCUUCUCUCUACCUCUACGUAGCAUCCGUGCCAGGCCAGAGGGUGGUUUUUGAGGUUUUUAGGUUGGUGGAAGGGAAGGGAAUCUAUUUGGUGUGUGUGGAGUGGUUUGAGAAUGAAUGGUCUUGACUCACUCACCUGUCAAUGUUCUGUACGGCUGGGGUAGAGGGAGGUGAUAGAAUGCUAAGCUUGCUGGAUGAUUUUUUUUGUCUGUUAUGUCCCUAGUUCCAAUGUAAAAUAUGAGUGAUGUCGUGGUUGAAUAGAAAUGAAGUCUUGUGAGCGAGUGUCUUGCACGGCACCUAACUUUCGUUCUGA